AUGAGCCGGCGAGAUCUCUUCACGAAGCCGAUGCUGAACUGGCCCAAGAACCUCUCGGAGUUCACCAAGGCGGAGCUUUUUUUUGGCGGAAGCAGCGGCCAGGACCAUCCAGGCGCACGAGAGAUGGACUCCAGCGGAGAUCAAGUCGGCAAUCCAGGAGCACCUAUGGAACGACCUGAGAUUGGAGGGAAGACCCAACGACACGAGCAGUUCGGGGUCAUGGGCAGUCCUAGCGACACGAAGCAGUUACCCGGGAAGCAUUUCGAAGUCGAAGGGGACUCUCUCAGGUCCCCCAAUCAAGACAUUUUGCAGACAGCGGGGACCGGGAUCCGUGGCGAGCUCUGCCCCCAGCCGAAUGGAUCAGGACUUGCCGCCGGAGAUCUACGACGAGAUGAUGCACCUGGAGGAGCGCUUAGCCAUCCUUCGCGGUCUGAACCCCAGGAGCCCGGAGGGUAUGUGAAUGAAGAAGAGAAACACCUCAACAAGAUCGACGACGAGGAGUUCCACGAGUGCUCGGAGGGCAACGACGCGCGACCUGGAUUCAAAGAUGAGGGAGAUCAAGAUGCGGGGAACCACGACGACUUUCUUGACGACUAUGCGUUCGCGGCUGAGAAGGUUACCAUCACUGCCAAAGAACAAUGCGAAAGAUGUGAUCGCCUCACAAAGCAGAAGCUCAUGAACAAGGACUCCAGCUACGAUGACCUUUUGGAGGUCGUGAACGAGAUCCCUUUGAGUUCUCGGGACAGCAGGCGCCUCCCGUGGACCACAGGUGAGCUUUGGAUGGAAGGAAGAAGCCCUGACGGAGGAAGGGAUGCUUGCGCGGUUCGAGAGGACACCCAAGGCAACCUCCAUGAAGGACACCUUGUCCGCACCAGGAUGAACCCUGUCUCCUUCGAUGGGAAGACGAAGCACGCAACUCAACCUUGGAGCGGCGAACGAUGGCCCCUCUCCUGCUUUGCCACGAGGGGAUACCGUCCAGGGGAUGUAGGGCUCCGCGAUGAACUUCGAGAUCUUCGUUUUCCUUUACGCGGUCUCCCUGUCCCUCAACGAAGUGAACCUGGAGAUGGCUCGAACCUCUCUAUGACAACCAGGCCCAAGAAGAGCUCGCGGAAAGCACUUUGGAAGAGCGCCUCACGACUGGCAGCCCUCACAAGUUGGCGCACCCUCGCCGCGGUCAACUGGAGUCAGAGCAUCUUCCCCAUGUCCAGGGGGCCACAAGGCGUUAGCCUCUACGAGAUUGGAGGUUUCUCAAAGUCGAUCGAGGUCGCCGAGAUGGGUUUCCUUACGGCAGAACCUUUCAUCGCGGAAGAGCACGAUGAGCCUCAGGUCGAAGUCAUUGAAGAGAUCCUUGAGGAGUUCAGACCUGCAGUCCUAUGGAUUCACGGCAAGGCGAUCUCACAUCUUUUCUCUACGUUCGCAGAGAGUGUCCAUCGCUACAUCGAUCUCGGAAGGAAGGUGGUAUUCGAGGCCGACCCCGGUGACCCUUUCUGGACCCACAACGACAUGAUCGAGCUCUACGACAAGUACGAUGGCUUGUACGAUGUCCACGCCGAUGAACCAGACCUCGUUCGUUUCAACCACACCAACUGGGCUUUCAUCGAGCCGGACCCCGGGGACAUAGAGGAGCUCGUUGUGUAUCUGUCCGAGACCUACGCUGUCGAGAAUCACACAGAAUCCCAGAGCGAAGCAAGAGAAGAAGCACAAGGAGCAGGGGCGAUUACCUUCGAGGACGAGGGUGAGACGAAGAUUCCACCAGAAGUGAAGUCGUCGCUUAGGCGCCUCCAUCAGAAUAUGGGCCACCCCGGCAACCUUGACCUCGCGAGGCAUCUCAGGCUUGCAGGCGCUGAUCCUUCUGCGAUUGAAGCCUGCAAGAAGAUCAACUGCCAGAUUUGCUCGAGGAACAAGAGGGGCAGGAGCGCUAAGCCAGCAAGUUUCCCAAACCUCCUCGACUUCAACCAGGUUGCGGCGGUCGAUGCCUUCACCAUAUAUGAUCUCAUGACCGCGAUCGACCUCGGAACGGGCUUCGCACUCGCUUCGCCAUUGCAUGGAGUCUACGUUCUGCAGUGUGUGAAGUUCUGUGGAGAGAGAUGCAUCCGGACAUGGAAGGAGACAUGGAACAGGGCGGUCGACGACCAGUCAGCCUAUGUUGGGGAGGAGGCCUACUUCAAGUCCCAGAACGACGGUUCCGCACACCCUUUUGCAGCGCUCACGGGUCGCUGGGCCCGAACUUCAGGAUGGCAAGUGCUGAGGAGCUUGGACACCGCCUUCGCUUUGAGAACGACGCAGGAUGAUCUCCAACGACUCCUAGACCAUGACUUCGCCGAUGAGGAGACGUACGUCGGGGACGACGUUGAGAUGGAGAAGACCCUGGAGAAGGAGCUCCCCUGGAGCAUGAUCCCUGGCGAUCAGUUCGCCUACCGGGACAAGUUGUGGAACAACCCGAUGUGGGUUGGAAACACAAGGCUUGGGAUCCACCUUCUCCCGCAGAUCCUCGCUUCAAAUCUUCACUGCGGAUGGACGGGGCACGCUGGUGACGUUACUGCAGCUUGGCUAUGCGGAGAAGAACUGAAGAGGGAGUUAUAUCUUCGUCAACCUCGCACCGGUUUGGGGAACCUACAUCCGGAACAGAUCCUGCGUAUCAGGAAACCGAUCUUCGGCCUUGUAGACAGUCCGGCGUCAUGGUGGGCCAAGUUCCAUGGGACUCUGCGAGACCUUGUGCUCAAGAAGAAAGACAAGACAUGGAAGAUCGCACAGUGUUCCUUAGAUCACUGCAUUUUCAUGGUCCAGGAGGUAAAGUCGGUCGACUCUUUCGGCCAUGAGGUGCUCGACAAGCCAUGCGGAUACCUCGGGGCACAUGUAGAUGAUGUGCUCCUGGUCGGACAAGAUGAGGUCUGCAGCAUCGUGAAGGCCAGCUACGCGGGAACACGCCUGUUCGAAGUGGACGUCGAUAAGGAAGACGCCGACCACUACGAGGCCUCCGAGCUCCAGAAACACGACAACAUGUCCCUGAUCGGCGCGGUGUCCUGGAUGGCCAGUCAAUCACGGCCGGACUUGCAAGUUGGAGCGGAUCAGAAGGGCCUCAUCGAUGUCCCUGGGACAAGUCGGAGAGAGGCCAAGGCCAAGAAGGCAAACUCCACGAUUGCUUCACAGCUGGGCGGCUUAUACGUGUUCGCCAAUCAGGAGGUACUCAACGGAGUUCCGGGUAAAGGAAAUAUAGUUGACUGGCGGAGCGGUGCGUGCGAUCGAGUCUGUCGCUCGACUUUUGCGGCAGAGACCAUGGCAUGCUGCACUGCCACCGAAACGGGGGACUUUAUCGUGAAGUUCAUGGAGACCAUCCUCACUGGGAGAUUGGCGCGUGAGGGAACCCGCUUUCAGGUUCGUUUUCUGAGCGAUUGCCGGAGUUUGUAUGACCACCUCGUCCGAGACGGGGCGCACGAGUUUCGGUCCGAGCUGACGGCAAAAAGUCGCAGCACAUGCAGCGAAGAGGCACCCCAUGGGAAGGGAGGCCUUGACUAG